AUGUGGGAGGAAUAUUUUAAAGGGUGGUUGAAAGAAAGUGCUCGUAAUGUUAUGAAGCAAUUAGUAAAGUCAAUAAAACAUAAUAGUUCACAAUUUUUCUUAGCUGCUAGUAAGUAUAAAGAUCAUCAUUUUGUUGCACUGAAAUCUCAGAAAAUUUUUACUUGUUGCUUCAGAAAUAGUUUUAUGGAUUUUCUUGUUGAAUUACUUAACAAUAUCUAA